AUGUCUCGGGUUGUAGAGAGUGACGUCAUAGAGACGGUGGCUGUAUCUCGAGAAAGAGAGGAUAACGGCACGAGGAGGCCGUACGUCGAUAUAAAGAGAUUGGAGAUACGAGAGAAGAAGUCGUAUCUCGACAUUCACAGUGGAGAGCGUCAUGGAGAGAUUGACAACACGAGGGACGGAGUUACAUCUCGAGAUGGAGAGAUUGACAACACAAGGGACGGAGUUACAUCUCGAGAUGGAGAGAUUGACAACACGAGGGACGGAGUUACAUCUCGAGAUGGAGAGAUUGACAACACGAGGGACGGAGAGAUUGACAACACGAGGGACGGAGUUACCUCUCGAGAUGGAGAGAUUGACAACACAAGGGACGGAGUUACAUCUCGAGAUGGAGAGAUUGACAACACGAGGGACGGAGUUGUCUCUCGAGAUGGAGAGAUUGACAACACGAGGGACGGAGUUACCUCUCGAGAUGGAGAGAUUGACAACACGAGGGACGGAGUUACCUCUCGAGAUGGAGAGAGUGACAACACGAGGGACGGAGUUACCUCUCGAGAUGAAGAGAUUGACAACACGGGGGACGGAGUUACAUCUCGAGAUGGAGAGAUUGACAACACGAGGGACGGAGUUGUAUCUCGAGAUGAAGAGAUUGACAACACAGGGGACGGAGUUACCUCUCGAGAUGGAGAGAUUGACAACACAAGGGACGGAGUUACAUCUCGAGAUGGAGAGAUUGACAACACGGGGGACAGAGUGAUUGACAACACGAGGGACGGAGUUACCUCUCUAGAUGGAGAUAUUGACAACACGAGGGACGGAGUUGUCUCUCGAGAUGGAGAGAUUGACAACACGAGGGACGGAGUUGUCUCUCGAGAUGGAGAGAUUGACAACACGAGGGACGGAGUUACCUCUCGAGAUGGAGAGAUUGACAACACGGGGGACGGAGUUACAUCUCGAGAUGGAGAGAUUGACAACAAGAGGGACAGAGUGAUUGACAACACGAGGGACGGAGUGAUUGACAACACGAGGGACGGAGUUACAUCUCGAGAUGGAGAGAUUGACAACACGGGGGACAGAGUGAUUGACAACACGAGGGACGGAGUGAUUGACAACACGAGGGACGGAGUUACCUCUCUAGAUGGAGAUAUUGACAACACGAGGGACGGAGUUACCUCUUUAGAUGGAGAGAUUGACAACACGAGGGACGGAGUUACAUCUCGAGAUGGAGAGAUUGACAACACGAGGGACGGAGUGAUUGACAACACGAGGGACGGAGUUACCUCUCGAGAUGGAGAGAUUGACAACACGAGGGACGGAGUUACAUCUCGAGAUGGAGAGAUUGACAACACGAGGGACGGAGUUACAUCUCGAGAUGGAGAGAUUGACAACACGAGGGACGGAGUGAUUGACAACACGAGGGACGGAGUUACCUCUCGAGAUGGAGAGAUUGACAACACGAGGGACGGAGAGAUUGACAACACCAGGGACGGAGUUACAUCUCGAGAUGGAGAGAUUGACAACACGAGGGACGGAGUUACCUCUCUAGAUGGAGAUUGA